AUGUGCGGUUUGUGGAACAAACAGCAGGGAGGCGUGCGCCGGAGCAUGCAUGUGCGCGGAUGGUUGGACAAAAUUUGGGUGGCAGGCACCGCGGGGCUGCGCGGCAAGAUGGGGCCGGGCUUCAGCCGCAUGAACCUCGUCACAGUCCAGCAGUCCACGCAGGGCUUGUGCAGAUAUUUGCAGGAGACAAACCCCCAGCUGCUCAAGGCGGGCGGCAUCGUGCUGGGCCAUGACGCGCGCCACAACUCGCGCGGCUUCGCGGAGGUCGCCACCAAGGUGUUUCUCAGCCAGGGCGUCCCCGUGAAGCUCUUCAGCAAGAUCACACCCACACCCUUCGUCGCAUUCGGCACGCGCCACCUGGGGGCGGCCGCUGGGGUCAUGGUCACGGCGUCUCACAACACAAAAGAGUACAACGGCUACAAGGUGUACUGGGCCAAUGGCUGCCAGAUCAUCCCGCCCCUCGACGCCGGCAUCGCCGCGGCUAUCGAGGCCAACCUUGACCUGUGGGACCUGUCCAAGGUUGAUCUGUCCGAGGCGGCGCGAUCUGGCCUGCUGUCGGACCCCUUGGAGCCCGUGUCCGAGGCGUAUUUCAGAGCUUUGGAGGAUAACGUCAGGUUCUGCUCUGCUGAGGAGAACGGCGCGUCCAAGCCGGUUGUCUACACCCCUCUGCACGGUGUUGGCCUCGAGUCUGUGCAACGAGCCUUCAAGGUAUUUGGGCUGCCGCAGCCCGUAGUGGUCGAGGCCCAGGCAGUGCCCGACCCCGAGUUCUCGACGCUGGGGGACAACCCGCCAAACCCCGAGGAGGGGCGCGGCGUGUGGAGCAUGGCGUAUGCUGCAGCGGCGGCGGCAGGCGCGGGGGUGGUGGUGGCGAACGACCCGGACGCCGACCGGCUGGCGGCGGCAGAGGCGGAGGGCGAGGGGUACAGUUCUUUCAGCGGCAACGACAUCGGUCUGCUGCUUGCGGACUGCCUGGCGUUGCAACCGCUGCGCCUGUCGACCUCGCCGCCCCUCUCGACUUGA